AUGAACAAGAGCUUUGAUGAAGCUGAAGAGAUUAUAAAAAAUAUGGCACAGAACCACCAUCAGUGGGCAACUGAAAGAUCUGGUGGUGCUUUCUCAGAGAAUCCAUUAAAGGCAUCAGGAAAAUUCGACGUAGAUGCAGUCACACUCAUGUCUACAAAGCUAGACGCUCUGACCAAGAAGCUUGAGGCCAUGGGAAACAACACGGCCAAUGCAAUAAUUUGUGUUUGUGAAACUUACGGAAGAAUAGUGGAAGACGUGCCAGUAGAAGUUGAUGGAUGUAUCAUACCCACAUAUUUCAUUAUCCUGGAUAUGGAGGAGGAUCCCAAGGUACCGAUCAUUCUUGGAAGAUCAUUCCUUGCCACAGUUGGAGCCCUCAUUGAUGUGAAAAUUCACAAGUUAUCCUUGGAUAUCGGCAAAGAAAGGAUUGAAUUUGAUUUAUCUGAUUCCUCUAUCUGCGACCCCUCUUCUCAGGAUGUGCAGAGCCUUCACGAGCUGGUCGUGAGCGUUUCAUGGGCAUGGAGGCGUCAGAGGAACCAAAAUGGUGAAAGGUGUGCAGAUACAGAUUCUCCAAUGAGUCCAUCAUUGCAGCUCAUGCAUUCCGUCAUAGCUGUUGCUCCUAAAUGUACACUUGUUGAUCUAGGGCACAAGAUGCAUAGAAGUGGCAGCAAAACAUAUAUGUGCCAGGGCGGAUCAAUUGAAAGAAUCAAAGUACAAUUCCAGAAGAUCCAACUUUCAGCUUCAUCUUACGACACUGCAUGGGUAGCUAUGGUUCCUUCUCCAACUUCUCCUAACCAUCCAUGCUUUCCACAGUUCCUUGAUUGGAUAAUAAAACAUCAACAUUCUGAUGGAUCAUGGGGACUCGAUCACUUCCAACCCUUUCUUGUUAAAGACUACCUGUCUUCGACAUUAGCUUGUAUUAUUGCUCUAGAACGCUGGAAAGUUGGUCAGGAACAAGUCAGGAAGGGUCUGAACUUUAUUGGGAGUAAUUCUUCAUCCAUUUUGGAUGAGCACUUGCAGUCACCUAUUGGCUUUAAUAUUAUAUUUCCCGGCAUGCUUGAAUAUGCCAUGAACAUUGGUUUAGAUGUUCCUAUAGAACAUCAUGAGAUAGGUAACAUGCUCGGCCGACGAAAUGCAGAACUACUCAGAGAACAAGGAAGUUGCAACGCAAGAGAAGCCUACUUAGCAUAUGUUGCCGAAGGAUUAGGGAAUGCACACGACGGGAAGAAAACUAUGAAAUAUCAGCGAAAAAAUGGAUCAUUGUUUAAUUCACCUGCAACUACUUCUGCUGCACUGAUUCAUCAUUAUGAUUCUAAGGCACAUGAAUACUUACAUUCUCUUCUAUUGAAGUUUGACAGUUCAGUUCCUACAUUAUAUCCUGUGGAUGUGCAUACACAUCUUCAUCUGAUUGACAGUAUUGAAAAGUUGAGAAUAGCCGAACACUUCAGACAUGAGAUAAAGAGCAUAUUGGAUAAAACAUAUAGAAGCUGGUUACUUGAGGAAGAAGAAAUAUAUUCAGAUGUAGCCACAUGUGCCAUGGCUUUUCGCCUUCUUCGAUUGAAUGGAUACGAUGUAUCUUCAGAUUGCUUAAGUCCGCUCGGUGAUGAGCACUAUUUUAACAAUACAUUGCAAGGAUAUCUGAAAGAUGUCAACACUGUAUUAGAAUUGUACAAGGCAUCACAGAUCAAAAUAUUUCCCUACGAGCAAGGUUUAGAUAAAUUAGCCUCCUGGUCAAGAAUGUUUCUGAAAGAAGCAUUAACCACCAACCGAAAUCCCCAACACCAGAUGGGUUUACAAGAGGUGGAUUAUGCUCUAAAGUUUCCGAUUUGGUCCAAUGUGGAACGUUUAGAGCAUAAAAAUGCCAUUGAGAACUUCACUCUUGGCAACUUACAAGUUCUCAAAACUUCAUACGAGCGUCAUAGCAUACAGGAUAGAGAUCUAGUGGAAUUGGCAUUGGGUUCCUUCAAAACUUCUCAGUGUAGAUAUCAGGAAGAACUCCAAAUGCUCGACAAUUGGGUGAAAGAUAACAAACUAGAUCAACUGGAAUUUGCCCGGCAAAGGCAUAUUUUUUGCUAUUUUUCUGCUGCUGCAACACUUUUCACUCCUCAAAUGUGCGAUGCUCGCAUAUCACAUGCCAAAAGCAGUGUCCUUGUCACUGUGGUCGAUGACUUCUUUGACAUAGGGGGAUCUAUAGAGGAGCUUCGCGAUCUCAUUUCAUUGGUGGAGAAGUGGGAUGCAAGUUGGGAAAAGGAGACCAAUUCUGAGCAAGUUAAGAUCAUUUUUUCUGCUCUGUUCAACACAGUCAAUGAGCUUGUGACCAAGGCAUCGGCAUUGCAUAAGCGAGCUAUCACCCACCAUUUAGUUGAGGCAUGGCUUAGGUUGAUGAAUUCCAUGAUGCAAGAGGCAGAGUGGCGGAUAACUAAGGAAGUUCCUUCACUGGAUGAGUACAUGAAGAAUGGGGUUGUGUCCACUGCCCUCGAACCAAUUAUUAUCCCAACACUCUGUUUUCUUGUUCCAGAACUUCCUGAAGGUGCCUUCAGAAAUACAGAACACGAGAAUUUGCUACGGUUGGUGCGCAUAUGUUUGCGUCUGCUCAAUGACAUGCAAAGUGUUCAAAUAGAAGGUAUAGAAGGGAAGCUGAAUGGCGUAUCACUACGCGUUCUCCACAGUGGCGGUUUGAUGUCCGAAGAAGAAGCAAAGCAGCAGAUGCAUGGGGAAAUAGAGUCUGCCAGGACCGAGCUCUUGAGAAUGGUGGUGCAACAAGAUGGGAGCGUUAUUCCCAGGCCUUGCAAGGAUCUCUUCUGGAAGACAUGCAAAAUAAUGCACCUCUUCUACAUGAACAACGACGGGUUUACCGCGCUGAAAGAGACGGCGAGGGCUGUCAACGCAGUCAUUCGUGAACCCAUAAAAGCCAAGCUGAUAUGACAACAAUAUCAACGAGAUUGAAUUGAGAGAGGCAGCAUUGGUUUGUUUGGUGUUUUACGGUUCUUCUUUCAGAACUUGAUCAUUUAGAUUCUGAUCGGACAGAAUCAAUAAAGUGAAACAGAACGGCUCGCUUGA